ACACAUUCUCUCUAUACAAACUCUCACUAUUUUCCAGAUUUUAAUAAAACCGCAAUCUUCUUUCUUCGCACGCCUCCGUUUUCUCACUCUAAUUUAUCACUUCUCUUUCUCUCUCUACAACUUUUCCGAAAACCCUAAGUUCCGAUUCAUCCUCCAUGAGCAUCCAGACCAUGGAUAUUGAGGAGGAGAUUCGGUCUUUACAACUUGACCCUGCAGCAGAUGAUAAUGGGGUUAUUAAUCCUGAAGAACCAAAGACAGAAGAAGUUGAGGAAAGUGAUAGAAUGGAGGAAGACACAAAGGAAGAGGUCCAAACACACUCCACUGAGCCAGUCCAAGUUGAUCAGAAAGUUCCAAUGAAAGAGAAAGAAGUUCCACCCCCAGAAGAUGAAGAUGAGAUGGAACUAAAUAAGAAGAGACAUUUGAAUGUGGUCUUUAUUGGUCACGUGGAUGCUGGUAAGUCCACAACUGGAGGCCAGAUACUUUUCCUUAGUGGUCAGGUUGAUGAUCGUACAAUUCAGAAGUAUGAAAAAGAAGCCAAGGAUAAAAGCAGGGAAAGCUGGUACAUGGCCUAUAUUAUGGACACCAAUGAAGAGGAGAGGGUUAAGGGGAAAACAGUUGAAGUUGGACGAGCACACUUCGAAACAGAGACAACAAGAUUUACUAUUUUGGAUGCACCCGGCCACAAGAGUUAUGUGCCAAAUAUGAUCAGUGGUGCAUCUCAAGCUGAUAUUGGAGUGCUUGUUAUCUCUGCUCGAAAAGGAGAAUUCGAAACGGGUUAUGAGAGAGGUGGACAGACUCGUGAACAUGUCCAACUUGCAAAAACUUUGGGUGUAUCCAAGCUACUGAUCGUAGUUAAUAAAAUGGAUGAUCCGACUGUGAACUGGUCAAAAGAAAGGUACGAUGAAAUUGAGACAAAGAUGGUACCAUUUUUGAAAUCGUCUGGCUACAAUGUGAAGAAAGAUGUCCUAUUUCUACCUAUUUCUGGUUUGCAUGGCUCAAACAUGAAAACUAGAAUAGAUAAGAGUGUGUGUCCGUGGUGGGAUGGUCCUUGUCUCUUUGAGGCCCUCGAUGCCAUAGAAGUUCCUCCGCGAGAUCCUAAAGGCCCUUUCAGGAUGCCCAUUAUGGACAAAUUUAAAGACAUGGGGACUGUUGUUAUGGGAAAAAUAGAAUCUGGCAGUGUGCGCGAAGGUGAUUCUUUAUUGGUCAUGCCAAAUAAGGCUCAAGUUAAAGUGCUUGCCAUAUAUUGUGAUGAAGAUAAGACCAAGCGUGCAGGACCUGGUGAAAAUGUUAGGAUCAGGUUAUCAGGGAUCGAGGAUGAGGACAUAUUGUCAGGAUUUAUUUUAUCAAGUGUUGCAAAUCCAAUAGCAGCAACAACUGAGUUUGUUGCGCGGUUGCAGAUCCUCGAGUUACUGGAAAAUGCAAUCUUCACGGCUGGCUAUAAAGCUGUUCUUCACAUCCAUUCUGUUGUUGAAGAGUGUGAAAUUGUAGAGCUGCUACAGCAAAUUGAUCCGAAGACCAAGAAACCAAUGAAGAAGAAAGUGCUCUUUGUGAAGAAUGGUGCUGUUGUUCUCUGCCGAGUCCAGGUGAGCAACUUGAUAUGCAUUGAGAAAUUCGGAGACUUUCCACAACUUGGGAGGUUCACGCUCCGGACUGAAGGGAAAACAGUUGCUGUGGGUAUAGUCAUGAAUCUUUCUUCAUCGAGCGCUUAAAAACAAUUUUGACAUAAGGCAGGAGUUACAGCAGGGCCAAUCGAGUCGUAGCUUGGAGGGGUUUAAACGUGUGUAGCAGACGAUCCGACGACUCAUUGAGAACGUAUUGAUACUAUAUUUUGCAUGCUUGUAGAAGGGUGCAAUUAUUUACUGUUGCCAGUGCUCGCUCUUGGGCACCAUUGCUUUUGUUUACACUCGAUGGGCUGUAGGGUUUGACCUGGUUGGCCCUUAAUUUUAUUGAAACAAUAGUGAUGCUCACUUUUAUUUUUUGUGCUUAAAGUUUGUGCUGAGAGAGAAAAGUAAGCGUAAUUUUGAAGCAUA